CCACUUUUUCUGCAUACACUUUGUUGUUUGGAGCAGUUACAUACGAAAGAGGAGAGACUCAUAAAGUGUCCUUUCACCAGUAGAUCAAAGACGUCACGCUGAAAAUGUGCACAUACCCGCUACAGGCUGAAUUUGGAAGCAAACAAGAAGCUGUCGCGCUCGUAUGUGCAAGAGGGAGGAAUUUGUGGGUGGUGGUGUUGCUUGCAAGACGACAUCUACAUACUACGCGUAGUCUUGCGUUCGGAGCAGCAUCAUGAGCUGUGACCAGAGCUAUCCCUUCCAACAAGUGUUCUACGUGGAUGGAGCUCAGCAUCCGGGGCAGCUACCCAACUGGUCCCGGAGGGGUCAAAAGGUGGCCAGAAGUGGUGGCUGCACAGGUGUGAUCCCCACGCUCGCCACCGUGGUGCUGCUGCUGUUUCUGCUGGUGUUUGCUGCACUCGGCUUUGGUGGCUACUUGAUGUACAACAUGCAGAUGGAGCUGAGGGAUGUGAGGAAGAUGUCACGUGAACUCAAGCGAGCGCAGGAGUUCAGCAGAGCUGAGAAGCAAAUUGGUUUGGGUGAUGAUGGAGGAGAAAAAGUGGACAAAAAUGAGAGGAUGGAAGAAAGGACUGCAGCGCAUGUGAUAGGGCGAAUUGAAAAGCACAUCUUCCACAAAACGCUGCGCUGGGAGUCACGCGUUGGUGCCGCGUUCACUGGCGGCGGCGCGGUCUACCAGUUGGAAGACGGCGCCUUGCGCGUCAACCAGAGCGGGCUCUAUCACAUCUACUCACGGGUGGAGCUGCUCUUCAAGCAAUGCUCUCCCACAUCCUCCUUUAUCCACACGGUGUUCGUAAGGUCAACGUCCGGCGUGGACACGGCCUUGAUGGAGGCCCACCGGGCCGGGUUCUGCUCCUGGCGGAGCAAGCUGAAAGAGCAUCACGCCUGGACCGCCGACAGUUACCUGGCGUCGGCUUUCCGGCUCCGCCAGAAUGACAGGAUUCUCGUCAACGUGUCGCAACCGCAAUAUCUCAGUCAUUCCAAUCACGGCAACUUCUUCGGUCUCUACAAGAUCUGAUUGAGACACUUUAAGCGCCCAGGACACAACAUGAAUGAUGUCGUCUUGUGUCACGGUGGAGAAAGACACCUCCCCUAAUCGAUGCCUUUAACACCAUUAACACUAAUGUGAUGUGUGGAGCAUUAUAUUUAUUCAUCAUGGUUCGCCCUUGA